AUGGAUACCGGUGUUACUGGUUCAACUUAUAUUAAAAAAACCAUAAUUGAACAUGGUAUACGUAGCAGUGGUAGUCGUACAGGUGGUGGAAGUGUUGAUGUUAUUCGAAAUUUAAAUCAUCAACAUGAAGAUGAAAAACGUGAAUUACAAGAAUUAAAUCAUAAAUUUGCCAAUUAUUUGGAUCGUGUAAAAUUUUUAGAACAACAAAAUCAUAAAUUACAAGUACAAUUAGAUGAAUUAAAACAAAAAUGGGGUUUUGAUAGUGGAAAAAUAAAAGAUCAAUAUGAUAAUGGUCUAAUUCAAUUACGUAAACAAAUCGACGAUGUUACAAGAGAUAAAGCAUUGGCUGAAUUACGUGCAAAACGUGCUGAAUAUGAUGCAUCAUUAAUUAAACAUCAAACAGAUUUUGCCAAUGAAUUGGUGAAUUUAGAUCGUAAUCGUUUUCAAAUGUUAAAACAGCAAUUAGAAGGUAGUGGUUCAGAAUUGGAUACAUUAAGAAAUCGUUUUGAAGAGAAAAAAACAGAAAUUGAACGUAGUAAAGCUGAAGUCAAACGAUUAUUGGAACAAUUAGAAAACUUGAAAAAUGAAUUUGAUAAUGAAUCAAUGGCUAGAGUUAUGAUACAAAAUGAACUACAAACACUAGAAGAACAAUUAGCGUUUAUGAAAGCUGUUCAUGAAGAAGAACGAAAUGAAUUGGCAACAUUGGGUACAUUACCAAUUGAUGUUAGUCAAUUUUAUCGUACAGAAUUAACACGUGCCAUUGCUGAUAUUAAAUCGGAUUUUGAAGCAUUAUCAUCAGCACAACGACAUGAAUUAGAAGAAUAUUAUAGAAUAAAAACUGAAGAAAUUAAAGAACAAGCCGCAGAACAAAGACGAAAAAUUGACGAAGCUAAACGGGACGGCAAAGUUGAAGUAAUGGAUUUAACAUCAUUGAAAACUGUUUUAAAUGAAAAUCGUGAUAAUUAUUCAAAAUUACAAACAGAACAUUCAGAAUUAGCUAACUAUUUAAGACAAAUGGAAGAAGAUUUAGAACGUAUACAAGCCGAACAACAACGAGCACAAAGUGAACGAGAACGAGAAUUAGCCGAAUUGAGACAAAAUAUUGAUGCUAGAGAAGCGGCCAUUGCUGGCGUUUUAGAAAAUAAUGUAUCAUUAAGAUUUGAAAUCAAUACAUAUCGUCGUUUAUUGGAAGUUGAAGAAGGUCAUAUUAAACGGGUUACGGGCGGUACAGGUGUUACUGAGGUACAGGUCCAACAGUCAACAAAGAAAAUGACUGUACAAAAAUCUGCCAAAGGUCCAAUAUCUAUUGAACAAGUUGAUCCCCAGGGAAAUUUUAUUGUUGUUGAAAAUCAAGGUAGUAGUGGAAAAGAUCAACCAAUGAGAGGAUGGUCAUUGAAACGUCGUAUAGAUCAACAAGAAAUUAUUUAUCAAUUUCCAUCUGAUUUUGUUUUAAAAUCCCGACAUCGUAUACGUAUAUUUGCCCGUACUGCAUCGAGAGAUGCUGAUCGUGAUUCAUUAGUGGCUGAUGGUGUUCAAACAUGGGGUAUUGGUAAAACGAUGUUAACAAGUUUAUUAGAUGAAAGAGGCGAAGAGAAAGCUCAGUUCAAUCAAAAGUUUCAAUAA